AUGGGGAACGUCUACUAUAAGUUCGUCUAUGACCAUUUAAGAGAGCUGAACCCGCCUCAAUUUUUUGAUUACUUUGGGUUCUCCUACAAAGAACGAAAAUUAGCUCAACAGUAUCUGUCCACCUCUCUCAAGCAACUGUCUCUGAAUAUUCCGGAAAUAGUCGAUCUGGCACAGGAAAAAUUCAAGGACUUUAAGAAGUGGAAAAAAAGUCAAGCGUCUAAUAAUUACUGGUUGAAAGUCGAGAUGGAAGAAACCCAAAAUGAAUUUCAAGUCAACGAAAACAAGCGCAAACGUGCUGAAGAUGAAGUACAUACCAGCUCUAUUGUGACAUCAGCAGAAUUACUGAAAGAUACGUUGGAGCAUCAUAGGAAAAAUACAAAACAGAAACUGGAUACACCUGCGACCCCAAUGCCACAUUAUUCAAAGUUGACUCCAACAAUUACUUCCAAUGCUGAAUAUCAGUAUGAGAUUUCAAAGUAUGCCAGUGACAAUGAAAUGGACAUAAGAAAUAUGGAAUUCGAUCAGUAUGUAGAUGAUGAAUAUUUUAUUCAAGAGAGAUUAUCAUUGAGUAAUUCAUAUAGUAAAUCAUAUAUACUUGAUGAAGCUAACGAUAUUGAUGUUCAUGAAAAAGAUAUUUCCAUGCUAUUGAGUUCAUACCGGUCCGAAGCAUAUCGCGUGGGGGAAACAUCAGGUUUCUCGAUUGUGACAAAUUAUCAUGAAAUCUUAAGUCUGUCUAGUAUAUUGUUACUGCAAGCUGACAAAUUUUCAGACUUGCAAGUCAAGAAAUUCUCCCGGGAUACUCUGACAAGUUUGCGGAAAAAAAUGUGUGACAUGUAUGCAGUAAAAGUAAAAGUUACCUCGGCUAUGAAGUCUAUAUUCCGAGAAUAUAUAGAGAUUGCAAUCGAUGAGGACUUGGGUUUACCAGAAGCAGAGAAGGCCAUAAAAAAAUCAUUUACAAAGACCUUUUCUAAUCCUGUGGACCAAAACAUGUUUGAUAUGUUGCAGAAUAUUUUUCUACAGUUAACAAAAAAUAUACCUAUCAAACCAUUAAAUGACCUCCUCAGUGAAGGAACUCUAACUGCAAAUAUUGUCAGCCCUGUUUUACGGUCUUUCUUCCACGAUGCCACAUUCCACCCCACCACAUGGCCAAACACUGCAAGUAUGAGCGCUAAAGCUCGUAAACUUGCUAAUCUUGAUCCUUCACGGGCUAAACAGCCAGAUAUGAUUGGUAGUGUCAUAAACAACAAUACAUCAGCUUUCGAGUUGAUGUUUGGUGAAAACACUGGUGAAGGGAAAAACAAUAAUAUUAGAAAAAAUACCAUUGAUAUUAUCCGAUUGGGUAUUUUUAUGAAAGAUGCACUUGACAAUAUUAUAAAAAAUACUGGAAGAAGCUGUGUAGUCUUUGGAUGGCAAACAGUCGUUGUUGCUUUGUAUAUUAUAAUAGUGACAACAUGGACAGGCUAUAUGAUGGUUCUGAUCGCUUCGGGGACUUAUAUCAUGUUUGAAGUUGGUCAAGCUGAAUUUCCAAGAUCCUUUCGAACCUGUGGUCAGUUCGUCGACAGUGUUGACAACUUGUUUACAUUCGGGGAGAACUAUAAACGUGAAGUACAUAAGAUCUACAAUUAUAUUAACGAAGAAAAAGCAGAUAGUGCAGAUCAUACUAGUUGGCGCCGGCCUACACUCACAACACCACAGUUUCGGAAACUGUUAUCACUUUAA